UUUGCUGAAGCGAUCGGCUCGCUCUGCAGCUUUGGAAAUCUGCAAGAGCUGCAAUUGAAAUUUGCCAUGGAAUGUGCGGCAGAGUUGGACACCUGGAUAGGCAGUAAGUAUCAACAAGACGUUAAUAAGACGCCAGAGUUUCGGAGCAAGGUCUUGCAGACGACCUUCAAGGCGUUGGGGGAGGUCAAGACGCUGAAGGUUCUAUCGAUCAGGGAUCUGCAAGAUCACAUGGAUAGACAAAUUUUGAAGUCCAAAAUUUUCCAGUCUGUAAGAGGCAGACUCACCGGCCUGCAUCUCCAGAUAGCAACAGAGAUCAUGGAGCAGCAUGAUCUGGACUUUGCAGCUGUCCAUCGAGGCUUUGCAGUUGAUCUACCAGAGCUUUGGCUCAAGCCAGUGCUGUCGCACCUGACUCACCUCACACUCUACAGCUACACCUGCAUGUGGGGCCUUUAUCCGUUUGUGGACUUCCGCGAAGUUGGAACAUUCCCCAGUCUCGAAUCUCUGAGCCUUGGCAACUAUACCAUCGCACACGACUGGCAGAUUGACUGGAUACUAUCGCACGGCCCUACCCUCAAGCAGUUGCUGCUCGACGACUGUCCCAUCAUCCCGGCAUUGAGGAUGGCGGGAGACGACAAGAUGGCUAAACUCAAUUUUCCUGGCCUA